AUGACAACACCUCCAUCCGCACAGUGGCAUCGCCGAUUCGACGGACUUUUUGGGCGAACAGUUACUCCUUCGACUAAGAAGCACCAGCGCGAAGCGAUGUCCACACCGUCGAAGAGGAAACACGAUCAAGUUGAUCAGACUGAGCCUAAUAAGUCCAUGCUCCGUCGCAUGUAUGAGUCUGGAGAGUGGUCGGACCUGACCAUCGAAGCUGCAAAUGGCAGGUUAUUCAAAGUGCACAAAAGCGUCGUCUGUCUCGCUUCGCCGUACUUCAACGCUGCUUGCACCGCAGGCUUUCGCGAAACCCACACCAAUCGCGUGAAGCUUCCUGAGGGCGGAAAGGUUGUGGACGCUAUACUGCGGCAUUUCUAUGAGAUUCCAGCUCCGUGGACUCUGCCGGCGCCCAACGGCCAACCAGGGACUACGCUGCCCGCCUCAGAGGGGUACAACUUGAUUGAACUCCGGAUCGCGAUCGACAAGUAUGGCAUACCUUCGCUUGUCGCAUCUGUCGAGGGCGCGUUCGGCGUUCUCGUACAGUCGCUUCAGCGCCGCUAUGCAGCCGAUGCUCUCGUCACGAUCGGUCGUCGGCUUUUCGAGGAAGAUGGCGACUUUCUAGACAAGAUGCGUCAGCAAGUGGUUGCAUUCACAGCCAUGAUCAUUCCGAAGAUCUUCCAGAGCAACUACUCGUUCCAGACGUUGCAUGGUAAUGCGACCUACCUACGCAAGACGAUCUUGCACAAGCAUGGCUUGAGCCUAGAAAGCAUCGAUCAUUAG